AUGUCGGGUGGCGUUGACUCGUCUCUGAGUGCCCAGCUCCUGGCCUGUAAAGACUACGAUCUCAGAGCUGUAUUCAUGCGAAAUUGGGACACCCGUGACGAGCGAGCGUCGGAUGUUGGAUGUGAGUGGGAAAGGGACUGGGAAGAUGUUCAGCGCGUUUGUAGAUAUCUGGGUAUCCCCUGCCAGAUGAUUGAUUUGUCCCGGCAGUAUUGGACUCGCGUGUUUGAGCCGGCUUUGGACGAAUGGGUACGCGGGGCCACACCCAACCCAGACGUUUCAUGUAACCGUGAGAUUAAAUUUGGUGCUCUAUUUGACCGGGUCAUUACCUCGCCAAAACAAUGGCUGGCUACCGGCCAUUAUGCGCAAAUCGCAUGGGGCCGUGACGGCCAGGACUAUCGGCCUAAACUCAUGCGGGCGAAGGACCCGGUAAAAGACCAAACGUAUUACUUGGCAUCCGUUACUGAAGCCAAGCUGCGUCAGGCGUUAUUCCCUGUUGGCCAUAUGACAAAAGCUGAGGUUCGUGAAGAUGCAUCAAGAUGCAAUUUACCUACGGCGACACGAAAGGAAAGCAUGGGAAUCUGCUUCGUAGGCGAGCGUGGCCAUUUUGAUGAGUUCCUAUCGCAGUACAUUCAGCCUACCCGUGGAAACAUAGUUGACCUGGGAGGAACUAUAUUGGGUCAACACAAUGGCUUGCAUCGAUACACCAUCGGGCAACGUGCCGGACUGGGUGGCCGGAAGAGUCGCACCUUCGUAGCGCAGAAACGGACAGACACCAAUGAAAUUGUCGUGGUAGAUAGAGGCGAUCAUCCUGCCUUGAUGUGCUCGUCGCUAACAGUGCGUGACUGGCACUGGGUAUCGUCAGUGCCUUCUCAACGAAUAGACUCGGAGGAAGGCUACCCCGUAAUUUGUCAGAUACGACAUCGAAUGCGAGGGAUCCCAGCACAGAUAAGGCGAAGGCAAGAACCUCCAUUUCCGGGCAAGCACUUGUGUGAAAUAACGUUUGAAGAGCCAGCCCACGCCGCAACCCCCGGUCAGAUUGCUGUGGUAUGGGACGGAGAUUGGUGUUUGGGAUGUGGGCGAAUAGACAAAAUUCGAACAUUACACGGUCCCUCUGAGACUUUUUAG